AAAAGUGUAGAAAAUAAAAUGAUUGAAAUAAAAAAUUACAUGAUAGUGAAAUUAAAUUAAAAAUUCAACACAUAACCAACAUAUACAAAUGUAUAUUUAUACACAUAUAACGUAAUUAAGUAUAUAUAUAUAUAUAUAAAAUUAAUUAACAUACAUGGUAUAAUAAAAAAAAACAACAACAACGGCAACAACUUAAACAACAACAACAACAACUACCGUAAAACUAUAAAAUUUAAUGUAGAAAUAACGGGAUACAAAAAAUAUAUCCAAAAAUAACGUAAAAAAAGAAAAUAAGAAGAAAAGGAGGAAGAAGAACAAAACAACACAACAAAAAGAAAUAAGCAACAAAAAAAAUUUUUCCAUAGAAAAAUAUGGGAGCUACAAAGAAGCCGUUACCAACGAAAGUACGUAAAAAUGCAGCUCCAAAAUCGGCACCAUCUGAAACGUUAGAAUCAGUAACUUCUACUACCGAAUCGAGUUCAACUUCUAAAGAUGUCUCCAUCAAAAAUAUAACGUCUGCAACUACUACAUCAACGACAGCAGCAUCAGCGACAGAAGGUGAAAAUGUAGCUGUGAGUGGUAAUGAUACAACUGAUAUUAUCAGUGGUGGUGUUACUAGUGGUGAAAAUGAUAAUAAUGAUAACAAACAGCAAAGUGCGCUUGAUGGUAGUAAUAAUAAAAAUAUUGAAUCGGUGUCAUCACGAAUAAUUAAAAAGAAACAAACUACAAAAAAGGUUCCUUCAACAUUAAAAAGUGGCAUUCCAAAAAUAUCAAAGUCUGAGAAAUCAAAUACUAACGAUAACAAAAAUGAAUCACAUGAAAUAGUUGAGUCAUUAAUAACUGAUACUGUUACAAAUAGUGUCAUAACGACAUCUAUAUGUGAUGGUAGUGGUAGUAGUAAUAUUAAUAAAAACAUUGAUAAUGUUAAUAACAGUACAAACACUGCCGUUAGCACAAAUUUAGUAAAUGCAGCUGUUGAAACGACGAUAACAACCACGUCAUCAACUUCAACAACUUCUACCCUUUCUGGAAGUACAAAAGCUGCUAUAACAUUAACAACAACUUCACAAGAAAAGCUUCCAUUAGUGGAUAAUAAAACAAAGGCUUUAGAUAAAAUGCUCAAAAGUUUAGAUAUUAAAAUAAGCGGUUUCAAAGAUAUAAUUCCUACAAAAGCUGGUCUUGUAGCAGGUGGUUCUAUAUCAGAAAAUGUCAAAACAAAAUAUAGAGCUGCAAAAAUAUCACUUGGACCAUUUAGCUUUCAAAGAGCAUUUAGUAGUUAUAAGAAACCAAGAGAAAAUGUUAAAAAACCUAUUAAAAAGACCACUAAUCAAUCUCAAGAUCUGACUGAAAAGUCGAAUGAUAAUACCAAAGCGGAUACAUCACAAACUGAUAGUAAAAAACAGGAUACAUUAUGUACGAAUACUCAAGAGCAAAAGUCUCAAAAUGAAGAUAAAGUCGAAACAAAUACCGCACAAAAGAAAUUAAGUACCUCACCCAAAAAGUCACCCGCGAGGAAACAGAAGGUUAAAGGAACUGAAGAGAAACUUGUAAGCGGAACAGAACUUAAUAAUACAGGUGAAAAAUUAGUCGAAGAUGAUGAUCAGUUACUUCGGGAUAGUAUAAAUGCAGUUGAAACGUCAGUUGAAGAUAAAUCCGUAAAUUGCAAAAAUGAUCCUGAAAGUGAUUCCAAAUUAUCUAGUCAAAAUAAAGGCACCACAGAAAAUUUAGCAAAAACUAAAGAAAAAAUGAAGCGAUCUAAGCUGGGGUCUAUAAGUACUGGAAAGAAGGUUACUAAAAAGAAAUUAACUAAAGCUCACUUGGCUGAAGACGGUGGUUCUACAACCGCCGACACUGGUUAUUCUAGUUUUGUAAGUAGUAAAUCUGAUACGCAAUCAGAAGCUGCACAAAGUAUAGAUCUAUCAGCAAAAUCUGUUUGCAACAUGGAUAGUGCCAAAAUGCAUCAGGAAGAAAAUGAUGAGCCAAAAACUAAGGCCAAGAAAGGUCGACCAAGAAAAGAUGUAUCAGGAAAAUUAGUUGCAAAAUCUAGAGAUUUAUCAAAAACCACAAAAAUUAAAAAACAGUUAACGAAAAUUAAAGAGAAGAUUACGGAAAUCGUAACAUCAAAGUCGACAACAAAAGAGAAUUCGGUUCAUGAAACUGAUAAAGUAAUGUCGCUACAAUCAACAGCAACAGGUGAUCAGCACUCUGUUACAGAUACUUCCGAACGAUCAUCGAUUCACAAUACCUUAACAGAACACAGUAACCCUGCAGAUAUACUCCACUCUGCUACUAAAUGUGAUGAUAUACAAGUUAAAAAGAAUUUAGAUGAACCUCAAACUUUCAACCCAACUACCUCAACAACAAGUAAUAUUUUAAUGCAUGUUGACAUGCUUUCAGAUGAAAGUGAUUCAGAGGCUGUUGUUAAAGCCUAUAUAUCAGAAAUAAUUAAAAACGUUGAUGAUUCUGAAGGUAAGAAUAGUGAUGAAUGUCCAAGUCCAAAGAAAAAUUCUCCCUUGAUACUAUUUUCGGAUAAGAAAGAAGAAAAAGACACACAAAUUACAAAAUUGAGUCAGGAAACUACAGCAAAACAAGCAGAUUCACCGAAAAAAAACGAUAACAGACCCCUUAAUACGCCAACCAGUACCACAUGUACAAAUAAUAAACCCAAAAUGAUAACAGUGCGCGAACGUUUACAACAAAAAUAUGUUACUGCGUUUAAAUUUAACAGUAUGACAUUGCCAAAGAAAAAAGAUCCUGCAAAAAUAAGUGCGGCAACUCAAAGAGGCAAAAAAUCUAAGGUUACACAAGAAUCUUCAACACAACAACAAAAAAUCGAAACGGUGCCUGCCAAAAAAUCUACAGUGGCAGAUAUUUAUGAUUUUAAAACUGAAUCUGAAGAUGAAGAGAAUAUUAAAAUGAAUUUAUUAAAUGAGUCAUCAUUAAAAAUUAAAGCCCCAUCACCUGAAAAUCCGAAGUUAACAAAAGACGAUGAAGAUGAUGAAUCUCAAGAUAGAGAUGGUUUAAAGUCAAAGUCAAAUAGGGAAUCUUCCGAUAGCGACAAUAAACCUUUGAAAAGCACACCAAAAAACUCGGCUAAUAACACUCCAAUAAAGCAGCAGAAAGUUACAAAAACUGAGAGCUCAACUGACAAAGCAGCAGGCAAAACAUUAAUUAAAAAAUUCGCUAAACCUAGUAAACUUGCAUCCAAAAGUAAUUUAACUAAUCGUACUUUAAAGGGCUCAGUUACCAAAGCGAAAGCCAAAAAAGGUAAAUCGAAAUGGUUUAUUGAAGUUUCAAAUACUGAGUCAGAUUCUGACGAAGAUGGUACGCAAAAGUCUAAGAAGAAAAUUGUUUUGAUGCCUAAACGUCGGAUGGCAUCAUUGAAUGCUUUGGCAAAAGUCCAAUGUCUAUACGAGAAUGAGUCACGAACUAGCAAUGAAUUAGGUUUAUCGAAAACAAUGCAGAUACCCAAAAUUCGUACAAUUGCUUCUGCUAGUAGUUCAGAUGAAGAAAAAGAAAUAGAAAAGAAAGCAGCAGCUGCUGCUGCCGCUGCCAGUGCUAUGGCUUUAACAUCAUCGGCCAAACUAAAGGAUGGCUCAAAAGAAAAUGAGAAGGAAAUAAAAAAAUCGAAAGACGAUAAGGAUUCAAAGGAAAGCAAAGAUCAUAAAGACAAAGAUAAAGAGAAAAGUGAUUCAAAAUCACAAAAGACGGGAAAGGAUGCUCCGAAAAAAAGUGAAUCAAAUAAGGAAACCAAUAAAAAAUGUGAUGUUAAAGAACAAAACAGUAAAAAGACGGACACAAAAGAACACGCAAGCAAGGCCAAAACAACUGAAAGUACGUCUGUCAAGAAAACGGAAUCUCUUAAAAAAGAAAAGCCAGUGGUGAAAAUCAAAAGUGAAGAUGAAUCCGAGAAAUCUGAAGAAGAAAUUGAAGUAAAACGAGAAUUGCGUAAUGUACCCGGAUUGCGAGGUGUUGGAAAGCAUUGGGAUUUCAAUGAAAGUUUUGAAAGCGCGAAUGAAAGCGAUAUAUCAUUUUAUCGAUACGAUGGUGAUCACAAACCUAAAAAUAAACGUAAAAAAUUAAAACUGAAGCAAAAAUUACAAAAAAUUAAACGUGAAAAAUUGGCAAAAGCUACUAAACCUAAAUUAGCACAAUUUAAAACACGUAAAUUAAUUAAAAAGAAAAUUACUAAACUAGUCAAGGCGUCUACAACUAAAACGCCUAAAAUACAAAAAACUAAAAUAAAAAAAUCAAAACCGCAACAAAAUACCUCUAAACAACAAAUUCCACAAAAGCAAUCACCGGACCGUGAAUUGGUGCCGCAGCAACAGCAGCACAAAUCAAUUGCUAGUGAUUCUGAAACAAGUGAUGAUGAUUUAACUGAAAAGAAAAUCAAAAAAGAAACUUUAGCAUCCAUGGCCGAUGAGGCAAGUGCAAUAAAAAAUAAGAAAAAAUUACCGUUUAAAAAACGAAAAUUAAUUAAACAUGACGACUAUUUAAGUACUUUGAAGGGAUUAGCACGGAAACGUAUGGCUAGUUUGAAUGCAAGUGCACUAGUUGCAGCUACUUAUGAAUUAGAAGGGCACUUAGAUAAAAAUUUAGAAGAAUUAGAUUGUUACGAAGUAAUUGAGGAAAAACCAGCCAUAUUAACACCAAAACGUCUUAAAGAUAAUAUAAAGAAAGAUGUUAAUAGUCCGAUUCCUACAAAUGUUCAAACAAGCACAACAAAGACAAGUACUACGCCAACGAAAGAUGUAACAACAUCAAUAAUAGAUAAAGAAGAUAAAGAACCAAAAGAUAUGGACAUUGAAGAAAACUAUAAUAUUCCGACACAAACUAAUAAGGAAAAAUCAUCAUUAAAAGAUGGUUUAAAAGAUGAUAAAGAUGACAAGGAUGCUGAUAGCAUCGAAAGCUUAAAAGAUCUCAAAGAUAACAAUAGUAAAGAUGGAAGCUGCAGUAAAGAUUCCUUAAAAGAUCAAUCAACAAGUAGACCAACAUCAUCAUCAGUUGUUAUUGUACAAGAUACUGAUGUCACAAUUACAGGUGUUUAUGUUAAUUCAACUACAGGUUCUAGUCAAGAAGCAUAUUGUAAAAUGCAAUAUCGUGUGCAAUCUAGCGUUACAGAAGAAAGAGUUGUUAGUAAUAUUGAAAAUAAUAAUGUGCCACCAAAAUCAUAUACACCGCUAGGUGCGCUAUCAAAUAUGCGACCACCUGGAACAAAUGAAGGACAAGGAACAAAUUUAAUUCCAUCAAAUCCAACUGCAUCACAAGCACAAGCAUCAUCAACUCAAAUAUCAUCGACAUCCGAACAACAUUCUUCAACUGCAUUAAGUAUUUAUCCACAACCUCCUACACAACAGCCCGUUGGCCCUGCUUCAGUAUCAUCAGCUGCAGCAGCAGUAUUAAGUCAUCAUCAUCAACAUCAUCAUCAUCACCAUCAUCAUCACGGUGAAUUAAAUCCAUUACAACAUCCAAAUAAUUUAAUGAGUGUGGUGCCAAUUGAAGAAACAUCACCUGGCGGUACUAUUUAUGCACAUCAGCCACAAUCUCAAAAUUCAGCAACACAACAACAACAGCAACCACCGCCACCACCUGCUCCACCACAAUUGAGUGCAGCACAGCAUUUAAGUCAUUAUGGAAUGCCACCACCAUCAUUGCAUCACUCACAAUAUGAUCCAUCACAACAAUAUCAAUAUUCAACUGGUUUAAGUGGUCCAACACAUCACUAUCAACAUCCAUCAGCUGGUGGUCCUGGACCACCACCACCACCGCAACCUAUAAUACAUCAUCCACAUUAUGGACCACCAAUACCGCCACCACCCCCACCACCACAAUUAUCAUCUACAUCAUCACAAUCUCAAAAUAUUGUUCGAUGUGAUUCUCCCACAUCGUUACAACAGCAACAACAGCAACAGCAAGUACAACAACAAUAUCAUAAUAAUUUAUAUCAACCAAGUCCUCCAGGAGGACCACCAUCAUCAAAUUUAUCAUCAACAUCAAUGGGCAGUUCACAAAGUGCAUUCUGUCCACCAAAUGUACAACAAUCUCAUCAGGAUUUAAGUGGUAAGUGA